AUGGCAGGGGAUGUCACAUAUGCGGAUGUGGCAAUGCUGCCUAGGGAAAAACCACACGUUCCUUCUCAGACACCAGUUCCAGGAAACAUGAUCAUGUACGCUGAGCUGCGCAUGAAGCCGAAACCCAAAGGCAACAGCAGACCAGAGACUUCCUCUUCCGGCUGUCGACACAGGUGCUCAGCCUGGUUCUAUGUGGUGCUGGUCCUGGGAGUCCUUGUGCUCAUUCUGCUCGGAAUCAUAGCCAUACAAGCCAAGCAAUUUUUGAAGGGCAGAGCAGGAAAAUCAGAAGGUUUGUCCCAGUAUAGUCUGAAUAGCAGCAACAAUCACAUUUCUUCAGAGAAGACCUUCCCUGCAGUGCUCCUGAAAUGGCUCGUGGAGGAACUGUGUGAAGAUGGACAGGGAACUACAUGUGAGCUCUGUCCUCCCGGGUGGCAGCUGCACAGGGGCAGAUGUUACUACUUCUCUGAGGAGGCUAGAAGCUGGGAUGACAGCCAGAAAAAGUGUCUGGCCAGGAAAUCCCAGCUUCUAGUCAUUGAAGAUGAAAUUGAGAUGGAAUUUAUAGACAAUAAAGAAAAAGAUCCAAAAUAUAUCUGGAUUGUGUUGAAGACUCAAGACAAGAAGAAACAAUGGAGUUCAGUUGGAGAUCAUGGAGUAAAAGUAAACAGCAGAAGAGCUCUAAAGAGAAUUGAGACCGACAAGAACUGUGCUGUUUACAGAAGGAAAAAUGUGAUCCAAGCAGACAACUGUCAGACAUUGAAAAAGUGGAUCUGUAAGAAGAACGCAACUUUGCUGGAGCUCUGA